CACAAUCUGCAAGCGUCGAUAAUACAUAAAUGCUAUCACACGUGUGUUACAGGGUUACUUUAUCACGAAUGGUUUAGUGUUUAUACACACACAAAGAUACAUGAUUUUUUUGAAAAUUAUUCUUUGAAAGGCUGCGAAUAAUAUAAUAUAUAAUGGCUCAAAUAGGGAACGUGACUGCAGAUCAGCUAAUGGCUGGUACCAGUGUAUUGUCAUGACCUGCUGAAGAAUUUGAAAAUGAUCCAUCUCUGGAAGCGAUGUGGGCAAUCAAAGCCAUGGAACAUGCAGAGGUUUAUUUUAAUAUUUUAUGCUCGGUUGAUCCGAAGUUUUUGAAACUCACACCUCACGAUGAGCAAAUCUAUAAGACUUUCAAAGAUACGUUUCCUAAUAUGAAUGUGGAUAAAGUGGAUGAAGACGAGUUGAAAUCUUCAGAGGGGAAGAUAAAGUGGAGGUUCUUUUGUGAACAAUUUAAGGACGUUGUGGAGGACUAUAGUUUUGGUACAUUAUUGAGAGCAGAUUGCACUGGAGAUUAUUCAGAGCAGAACAGCAUACUAACAACCAGGAUACAAUUUUAUGCUAUAGAGCUCGCAAGGAAUAGAGAAGGCUUCAAUGAUGGUGUACGAGAAAAGUACAAAUCAAAUAGAACUAUAAAAAAAUAGGUUUGAUAUUACAAUUAGUUACAUUAACACU